GAGACUUUGAAGAUGCCGAGCUGGAUGAUUAUUCAUUCUCUUGCUACAGUCAGUUGGAAGUGGAUGGAACCCAACACCUGUUGACCUGCACUUUUGAUGACCCUGACAUCAACAGCACCAAUCUGGAAUUUGAAAUAUGGAGCAUAACCAGUCACUCAAAGACCACGGCAGCCCAGAGCUGGGAGACUGCACCUAAAGCUGAGGCAUCCUCCUGAGAUUUUAACCUCAUGCCCAUCUCACCUCAAGCCACAGACAUAGUCUUUCUGCUCAGAGUCCAGGAACAAUCCCAGAAAGGGCUCUCAUGAGCACAUGCUGAGAAAAGUAUACUCACAUCCAAUUUACCAAAGAAAACCAACACAUUCUGGAUUGUAGGUAGUAAAGGAUCUUUUUAGAACAUAUUCCCUAUGACCUUUUAAAAAAAUCUGGUUAAUGAGAAAAAUUCUUUCCAUUGGAGCUCUUUUGAAUGUAAAAUGUCUGACUUUUAAUAAACUGCAAGAGAUGUAUUUCAUCAAGACAAAGAAAUUCUUACUCAUUGGAGACAGUGAAAUAUAUGUGAAGCUUGAAGGAAAGAAUAUAACUUCCAAGAAAUUGAACAUAGUCCGGAUAGUUAAACCUGAGGCUCCUUUUGAUGUAAGAGUCAUCUAUCGAGAGGGAGCGAAUGACUUUCUGGUGACAUUUAACACAUCUCACUUACAAAAGAAGUAUGUAAAAGAAUUAGUGCAUGAGGUAGCCUAUCGCCAAGAAAAAAAUGAAAAUGACUGGACGUGUGUUAACUUAUCCAGUACAAAGCUGACACUCCUACAGAGAAAGCUACAACCUGAUGCAAUGUAUGAGAUUAAAGUCCGGUCCAUCCCUAACGCCAACUAUUUCCAAGGCUUCUGGAGUGAAUGGAGUCCAAGCUUCCACUUUAGAACUCCAGAGAUCACAGGGCGGAUGGAUCCUGUUUUACUAACUAUUAGCAUCCUGAGUUUCUUCUCUGUGACUCUGAUGGUCAUCUUGGCCUUUGCAUUAUGGAAAAAAAGAAUUAAGCCUAUGGUGUGGCCCAGUCUUCCUGAUCAUAAGAAGACUCUGGAACAACUGUGUAAAAAACCAAAAAAGAAUUUGAAUGUGAGUUUCAAUCCUGAAAGUUUCCUGGACUGCCAGAUUCAUAAGGUGGAUGGCAUUCAAGCUAGAGAUGAAGCAGAAAGCUUUCUGCAAGACACUUCUCCACAGCUAGACGAGUCUGAAAAGCAGAGGCUUGGAGGGGGCUUGCAGGGCCCUACUUGGCCACCUGAGCAUGCAGUCAUCACCCCAAAAACUUUCAGAGGAGAUCCACCUUUCGGAUGCCUGGCCGGGAAUGUCAGUAUGUUUGAGGCCCUUGCACUCCCCUCUUCCAGGUCCGCAGACUGCAGGGAAGGUGGCAAGAAUGGGCCCCAUGUGUACCAGGGUCUACUGCUUGGCCCUGGAACUACAAGCGGCACGGUGCCCACUCCAUUUCCUUUCCAAUCAGGAAUCCUGACACCGAACCCAGCUGCCCAGGGACAGCCUGUGCUCACUUCUCUGGGAUCAAGUCAGGAAGAAGCAUAUGUCACCAUGUCCAGCUUCUACCAAAACCAGUGAAUUGACAGAAGUGCAGGACUGGAACCAUGAUGACUGACAAAGAUGACAGGGCCCUUACCUACUCUCCCUUGCAGCACAAAGAAAAUGAAAUUAAUGCAAGCACUCCAUAUAAUCUAUAGGAUUCUCAAACAUAGCUUGGACCACUCCUCCCCAACCCAGGGGCAUCUGGCUUAAGGCAGGAGCACUCUGCUUCAGACAACCCAAAUUAUUCCAUUAUUUCAGAAAGGAAAAAAAAAGCAGGAAAGAGUGAAAGGGUGGAGGAGAGGAAAGUGGGGAACAGAAGUCAGGAAGAGGGCAAGGGAAGACAGAAGGAAGUAGAACAGGGAUGAUAGCUACCAUUAUUAGGACUCACUGUGUGUUCUAUGCUCUCUACAGCUUGUCUCUCUGCAUCCUCAUGGUGAUCCUGGGCCAUUGGCACAAUUAUUGUUGUUAUUAUUAUUAUUCUAUCCAUUAAUAGAUGAUGAAACUGACGCUUAGAGGUGUUAAGUAACUUGUCCAUUUUGCCCCCACUCAGCUUUGUUUGAUGGCCAGGAGUCUAACUGUGCCCCACCCACCUGAUGCCACCAACUGAGCCAUGUGCCUCCACCUUGACUAGGGAUGGUCACAUUCUCAAGUGCCAGACCUCACUAAUAACAAAUGAGAUGACAAAAAAAAAAAGAGAUGACUAUAGAAUUUAUUGUCCAAACUGGGCAGCUUUUGAAAAUGAAAAGGGAAGUUAUACAUACUCCAGGACAAGCAGCGUAAGCCAGGAGUGUCCCAGACACACAGAGAUAUGACCACUAAACUAAAAAGGCUAAGAGAAAGAAGGGGUCACACAGUGUGCAAACUACCAUGGCCAGCCACAUCUAUGAAAACUGAAGAAGGCAAGAAAAACUCACCAAUCCCAUUUGAUUUUGUUUUUCUGAAAAAGGAGAAGCCCAGAAUUUCUAGUUAGUUAUCAAGAGUAUGAUUCUCUUGCUACCACCACCCAGCUACAUCCAUCGAUAAUAGAAGAGACUGUUGCCAGCUCUGGACUCAGGUGCAUUUGAGCAAUGAGCCCAAAAUAACCUUUCUAUGUGUGUAGAGAUUGCCCCAACCCAAAUGUGUCUACAAACCGUCCUGAGUGUGAUGGCCAUGGAUGUGGCCACAAGCUUCGGGGAGAAGACCUACACGCACAUGCAGUGAGUGAGCUGACUAUGGCCAUGUUCUUAAAGAUAAGGAAGAUUUGACAUGCAUCCUCUUGCAUUUCUUGGUCUAGGUGAAUUCCUAGUGACUAUCUCAAACCAAGAACCAAGUCAAGAUAGCUGAGCAAUUGCAACCGAGGACAGUGCAGCCGAGGCCUCUACCGCAGGCCCCCCGCCCCUGGGUACAUGCAGAACCACACAGGGCAGCCAAGGCACAGGAAGACAUGAAGGGCAUAGGUCCAGGGUUGGGUUUUGUUUUGUUCAGGAGUUUGUCACUGUUGUUGUUGUUGUUGUUGAUAUUUUGUAUCUUUUUGUUCUGGUUUUAGUUUGUUGAGGGGGGGGCGGCGAAGUGUUUUUAAUUUUCUUGUUUGUUUUGUUUUGUGAUAUCUGUGAAGGGGGUUUUAGAUUUUGUAGAACAGAUCUUAACUGUUGGCUUAGAGGUCUAAUGAUAAUAAGAUCAUUUAUUCUUCGUCGGGCAUUGUAUUUUCCAAAUCCUUUUCUCUGAAUCAAUAGUGAUGAAUAUAAUCUCACAUUCUUUUAGAUUUGCUUAGUGCUUUUGUGAUUUUCAAAGCAUUUCCAUAAGCAUUAUCCCUUUUUUUUCCCUUGACAAGUAUUUAUGGAAAGCCUCCCACGUACCAACCGCAGGGUUGGGUGCAGGGGAUCUAAGACAAAUAAAGCUGGGGGCCUCAUAAAGUAGAAAAUCUAAUGAGGGUGGGUGGCAGCUUCAUAAACAAAUGACCAUAGUAACACGAAGUGCUAUAAUAGAGGCAUUUCCAAGUGCCCUGUUGAAGACAAUCAGGAGAGAUGCCAAAAAAGGGAUACACGUCUACCCAGAGGAAAAGCAGAAUCGGCCUGGCGUGUCAGCAGCAGAAGACCUUUCCACCAGCCGGACGUGUGUUCUUUACCUUUUGUAGAAAUGGGAACCGGGUCUCAAAGAGGAGGUUAUCCUAGGAAACCUCAUGCCAACCUGGUCCUGUACCUUCUGUGUCAUUGUUAGCUUUCGUUUACGGAAAAGUUGGGCACAGAGAGGACAAAUAAGUUACUCAGCCUUAAGUGUGAAGUCAGGACUGGAAGGCAUUAAGUUUAUUUCCCUGUAACAGUAGACAGUCUCUCAAAAAAAUGAGGGGGUAAGUCUUGAGGAAGACUCUAGCUCUAAAAUCCCGUGUUUCGGGAUUGUUGGGCACAGAUUAUCAUUUGAAUUUCAUGUGUGAAUGUCUGUCUGUUACUGGAGGGAUUUAAAGUCCAUGUACUAUACUCAUAAUCGGAACUGCUGCUAACGCGUGAUGUUCUACUCAGGGACAACAUAUAAUGUCAGAUUACAAGUUUGUUCUGACCGACCUCCUUUUGGAUUUCAUGAAGAAAGAAAAGCUGGUGAGAGCCCAUGCAUAAGUCAGAGAUGGAAACUGCUAGUUCUAUAUAGCAUGAAAUGAAAACUGUUAAGCAGGCAGCUCAUUUGGUCGAUUAAACAGUCCUGGCUGGAUCUAGGGAGCCCUGGCUUAUUUGCCUGAUUUUCCACUAACCUUUGCCUCUCCUGUCAUUCUGGUUUCCAUGGAAACUUGCUUCAGAAAAGCCAAGUAUAAGCUAUUUCAGAUGUGUAUACUUGUGUUUUCAUAGCACUUCUGGAAGGGCUACAAGACAGAGCUGGCCAGGAAGGUGAUGAGAACAUGUGGUAAGACAACUGGAAUGGUACAGGUCAGAUGGCAUUUGUCAGCUCAGUGGUUUUUCUUUGGGGUUAUUUUAAAAACUCUCAAUCGUUCACUACAGUGAAGGGUCUCUGAUUUGUACCUCCCAUGUGCAUUACAAACAUUUUGCAGAGCUGCUAAGUGUAUAAGUAUCCAAUGUGUGUGAUCAUCUCAUAUUUAAUUAAACGCUAUGGAAUUCUCUGUGCUUGUACUUGUCUUCCGUGAGGAAUAGGGACAAAAUGGGCCACAGUUCUCCUUAGCCACUGAGAGCAUUCUGGUGUCAUUUGCUGUUAUUUUAUAUUUGGAUGUUCAUGGGAAAUGCAUUCAUCCAUUGAGUAGUGAAUUCACAAAUUAAUGAAUUAACAGCAAUUUGUUGAGUAUCUGCUUUGCACUACUUUGUCCUGUGCUAGCUAUAGGAGUUACAGAGAUGAGAUGCACUGUUUCCAGCUUACAGUCACCGGGGGACAGAGACACAUAGGAACAGUGACAGUGUCAUAUCACAGCCUUUAAGGCAACGUGUCAUCAGGAUUCUCAGCUGAAGCAAUAGUAACAAAUUUAGGCUGUUCAGAGCUGAAAAGGAAUUUAAUAAAGGCUACUAGAGUCCUCCCAGAUAUCUGAGAGGGUCAGAGAACCAAACAUGGAGUUCCCACAGCCACCCCUUAUCUCUACCACUGGCACCCCCAGGAACUGAAAUCGGCCUCCUCCACGGCCACCACCAACCCCAGAGCAGAUUUGGUAGCUAUGUCUGGCAGCGUCACGUCACUGGCCACCGAUUUAAAGGAGGGGCUGGAGCCAGUGGUUCGGUAUAACUAUGCCUAGCUGGGGUACCUGCACUCAAGCGAUGGGGAGCAGAGAAGAACAUAGCUGGCGGUCGCAUCUCCUACAGUAAGAGGCGGUGUCUCGUAGAGUGGGGUGGUCCCCAAAUAUAUGAAUGAGCUUCUGCUGCUGGCCGGGGGAAAAAAAUUAUAAAAGACCAGAAGAGGUAAUGUGAAGGAAAUCGCACUUUGAUGUAGCAGUGCAGAGUAAGCAGGAAUGUGCCAGAUAAAGGAGUGUGGAGGACAUUUCUUGGCAAAGGAAACAGUGUGCUCAAAGUCACGGAUCUGUGAGAACACAGGACAUUCGGGGAGUUACACAUACAAAAGGUGAUGUCUCCUUGUCCUCCUUGUUGAGAACAGUAGAGUGUUGAUUGUCAGACAUAGGGCACUUUCAUAAAAAAUAAUACAUAUCUGCCUGGAACAUUUUAUUUUAGUUAGAAACAUCUGCCUAUAUGUUCUUUCCCCACUCAUUUGUAACAAGGCCAAAGCCACUCCUUUGGGUUGUGGGCUGUUGACCGUGGUUUCACAUUGUCUUUCUUUGCUAAAGCACACUGCAACACAUCAUCUCUUCUCCCUAGUUUUGCUUUCUUUAAGAUGGAUAAGGACUUUCAGACCCAAAAAAGAAAAUCUAAGUGUAAGUGUCUAACUUCUAAAGGUAUUCUCCAGCUUAAUCUCAUAUCAUCGUGUUUUCAACGCUGUGGUAGCAAGAUUCUUUCAACGUGACUUUGUCAGGUUUUUUCAAACCAUUGAAGGUUGUCAUAGAUCAACGUCAAUCUUUCUUUGCAUACUUGUACUUUAUUGGCCUCGUAAUAUGGUUACAAUAACAGGUCUAACUGGUCUAAACAAGUCUGGAACAUGCAGGACUGACUUGGGUGAGUUUAAGUUUCACUGGGUGAGUACAGAAUGUUCUAGAGGAUAACCUGCUAGCCGCCAAGUCUCAGUGUAGAUGUCAGUGUAUCUCACAGAGAGAAUGAAGGGUGCGGGUUCCUUCAGCAGGUGGUUCAUCCUCAGGCAGAGAGUCUGCUGAGCAGAGGCUGAUAUGGCACUUGGCAGAGUUAGUGGGGGCCAGUGGUUAAGCGUUUGACAUGCCAGUCUCAGAAGUUUUGAUUUAGUCCUCAAGUGGUGGGAGUACUUGGGAGGAUUUUAAUCAGGUGCAGCAUAAUAAAUUCCAUGUGUGAUCAGGGUUUAUGGAGGAAUCCUAUAACACCUUGUGCUUACCUCUACUGUCACCACGUUGAUUUGUCACUACCUAAUCUGACUCCCCUAUGGGCUUCUACACUCUGGUGGAGACAAUUGUGACUUAUUGGGAUUUAUGUCUGUUGCUAAACACAAUACCUAAGAUCCAGACAGCACUCAAUCAUAACGUGGAAUGAAUGAAUCAGCAUGUUAGCGAAUGAUAUUGCAUUAGUCAGUGUCUUUCUUCAUAACCAUUCAGGAUAGAAUGAUGCCAGGCCGGGAUGCUCAGAGGCAGGCACUGCAUCUCUGAGAGAGUAGAACAUCUGGGCAGCCACGUGUAAGAAGUCGGUUGCCUUCCCCAUCCACAGUUACCUCCCCAGCUGCACUCUUAACCACUGUAACCACAGACAUGGGGAAACAAUAGGGUAGGGGAGAGAAUUUUCCAAAGCUUCAUUUCUCUGAUGAAUGUCUGAAUUUAAUUUUGCUUAUUUACUUAUUUUUUUAUUUUAGAUGCACAUUAAAGUCUAAUCUAACUUCUA